UUCAUCUCUUCGGUCUGCCUGUGACACGCUGGAGUAACUCUGAUGUGUUUCUCUGCAUGUUUGGAUGGAAGAUUUCGCUCACAGUGGAUUUAUAAGCGCUGGAGGAGUAAAACUGGAGCCGUUCACCAUGUGUACCGCAGGACUUGUGUCCCGGUGUCUUCAUGAAGCCGCUGCUGGGACGUCUGCUUUCUGAGAUGGACGUGCCGAACCACGUGUGAAUGGAGAACCGAGCCGCUGCGAUCAUCAUGAACAUCAGCGCUAACGCCUCAGAUGUCCUGUUCACACACAGUCUAUGGGAAGUGGUGGCGAUCGCUAGCGUCUCCGCCGUGGUGAGCCUCGUGACCAUCAUCGGGAACGUUCUGGUGAUGCUGUCCUUCAAGGUGAACAGCCAGUUGAAGACGGUCAACAACUAUUACCUGCUUAGCCUAGCCUUUGCGGACCUCAUCAUCGGCGUGUUCUCCAUGAACCUGUACACCUCAUAUAUCCUCAUGGGCUACUGGGCUCUCGGAAGCCUAGCCUGUGAUUUAUGGCUAGCGUUGGAUUAUGUGGCUAGUAACGCCUCUGUGAUGAACCUACUGGUUAUAAGCUUCGAUCGCUACUUCUCCAUAACCAGACCGCUGACGUAUCGAGCCAAGCGCACGCCGAAGCGAGCGGCCAUCAUGAUCGGGUUAGCUUGGCUCGUGUCGUUCGUUCUCUGGGCGCCACCGAUCCUCUGCUGGCAGUAUUUUGUGGGAAAACGGACGGUUCCUGAACGGCAGUGUCAGAUCCAGUUCUUCUCCGAGCCUGUGAUUACUUUCGGGACGGCGAUAGCCGCUUUUUAUUUCCCUGUCUCCGUCAUGACUAUCCUUUACUGUCGGAUAUAUAAGGAAACCGAGAGACGCACUAAAGAUCUCGCCGAGCUUCAAGGCGUAAACUCUUCGCCGAACUCCAGUGGCGAGACUCAAACCGUUCGCUCGUGUUGCGGCUGCAAGCAUACGAGCGAAAGCACACAAAACUCCACUCCUAAAGCGGCCGAGUUCAACAGCUACGCCUCCUCCGAGGAAGAGGAGCGAUCCACGUCUCCCGGCGUCUUCCAGGCGUCCAAACGCAAAGCCGACGAGCAGAACUACUUCAGAACGAGUCCUACCCUGGGUUCGCGGAGCAAGAAGUGCGUCUCCUACAAGUUCAAACCGACCGUUCCACUAAAGAACACCAACGGAGACGCGAAACCCUCGUCUUUCUCAUCCGCCGAAUCCGUGAACGCACCUUCCUCCUCGUCUUCCUCCAAACCCAUCGACGCCACACUUAAAAGCCAGAUCACCAAGAGGAAGAGGAUGGUGCUGAUCAAAGAGAAGAAGGCGGCACAGACUCUGAGCGCCAUCUUGCUGGCCUUCAUCCUUACCUGGACGCCGUAUAACAUCAUGGUUCUGGUGUCCACCUUCUGCUCCGACUGCAUCCCGCUCUCGCUCUGGCAUCUGGGAUACUGGCUGUGUUACGUCAACAGCACCGUCAACCCCAUGUGUUACGCACUCUGCAACAAAACCUUCCAGAAGACCUUCCGCAUGUUGCUUCUGUGCCAGUGGAGGAAGAAGCGUGAGGAGGAGAAGCUGUACUGGUGCGGCCAGAACCCGGUGGCGGGCGGCAGACUCGCCUGAGACUCAACUGAGACACGCCUGAGACCUUCGGCAGACUCGCCUGAGACUCACCUGAGACACGCCUGAGACCUUCAGCAAACUCGGCUGAGACUCACCUGAGAGUCGGCUGAGACCUUCGGCAGACUCGCCUGAGAGUCGGCUGAGACCUUCAGAAGACUGUCCUAAGACUCAGCUGAGACUCGCCUGAGACCUUCGGCAGACUCGCCUGAGAGUCGCCUGAGACCUUCAGAAGACUGUCCUAAGACUCAGCUGAGACUCGCCUGAGACCUUCGGCAGACUCGCCUGAGAGUCGCCUGAGACCUUCAGAAGACUGUCCUAAGACUCACCUGAGACUCGCCUGAGACCUUCAGCAAACUCGGCUGAGACUCACCUGAGAGUCGGCUGAGACCUUCGGCAGACUCGCCUGAGAGUCGGCUGAGACCUUCAGAAGACUGUCCUAAGACUCAGCUGAGACUCGCCUGAGACCUUCGGCAGACUCGCCUGAGAGUCGCCUGAGACCUUCAGAAGACUGUCCUAAGACUCACCUGAGACUCGCCUGAGACCUUCGGCAGACUCACCUGAGACAUGCCUGAGACCUUCAGAAGACUGUCCUAAGACUCACCUGAGACUUGCCUGAGACCUUCGGCAGA